UCGAAAAAAUCAAACAACUGGAAGGACGUGUGGCGUUUAUGGACCAUUACUUAUUUAAAGCCAUCCGUGAGGCGAAUUUGUCGAUUGAGACGUCAACCCCAAACUAACAUGGCAGUGAGACUGUGCGAUGUGACCUCUCUCCUUAGAAGUGGCUCGUGGGCGGCAGAGCCGUGGACUGGGCAGGUGAUAGCGGCGAUGGAAGCCCAGCUUUCCAACGGGCCGACGGGCUGCGGCAGCACGAGCAACGGCCCCGCUACCAUCUCCAACAGCUGCUCCUCUCCCGUGGAGUCGGGCAGCAUAGAGGACAGCAAGACCAACCUGAUCGUCAACUACCUGCCCCAGAACAUGACCCAGGAGGAGCUCAAGAGCCUCUUCGGCAGCAUCGGGGAGAUCGAGUCCUGCAAACUCGUACGGGACAAGAUCACAGGGCAAAGUUUGGGCUACGGGUUUGUGAACUACGCUGAACCAAAAGACGCAGAGAAAGCAAUCAACACCUUAAACGGGCUGCGACUGCAGACCAAGACCAUCAAGGUCUCGUAUGCCAGACCCAGCUCUGCGUCGAUUCGUGAUGCCAACCUGUACGUUAGCGGGCUGCCCAAGACCAUGACGCAGAAGGAGCUGGAGCAGCUGUUCUCCCAGUACGGACGCAUCAUCACCUCGCGCAUACUCGUAGACCAGGUCACAGGUAUGUCGCGGGGUGUUGGCUUCAUCCGCUUCGACCGGCGCGUGGAGGCGGAGGAGGCCAUCAAGGGCCUGAACGGCCAGAAGCCGCCCGGAGCCUCGGAGCCAAUCACGGUCAAGUUCGCCAACAACCCCAGCCAGAAGACAAGCCAGGCGCUGCUUUCACAGCUCUACCAGUCGCCCAAUCGACGGUACCCAGGGCCCCUCGCACAACAGGCACAGCGCUUCAGGCUGGACAACCUGCUUAACAUGGCCUAUGGAGUGAAAAGUCGGUUCUCCCCCAUGGCCAUAGAGGGUGUGUCGAGCCUGGCUGGCAUCAAUCUGCCAGGGCAUGCGGGUACGGGCUGGUGCAUCUUCGUCUACAACCUGGCGCCCGACGCCGACGAGAGCAUCCUGUGGCAGAUGUUCGGGCCCUUUGGAGCCGUCACUAACGUCAAGGUGAUCCGGGAUUUCAGCACCAACAAGUGCAAAGGCUUCGGCUUCGUGACGAUGACCAAUUACGACGAGGCCGCCAUGGCCAUCGCAAGCCUGAACGGCUAUCGCCUGGGAGACCGCGUCCUCCAGGUCUCCUUCAAGACCAACAAAACGCACAAGGCUUGAGAUGAGACCAGAUGAGAUGAGGAGGAGUUACUAUAACAACAACAUGGCUUUCUCAACAACACCACCAUGGUUUCUUAGAUAAUAAAAAAAAUAUGGUAAAAGAUAAAUGAGAACAACAACAACGUCGUCCCAAGCCACGUCACCACCGUCGCCAACCCAUCCCUUCACUUCUUCUCUCCGUGGCGGAAUCUGAACUGUUUGCUCUUACAUGACAUAAUGUGCUGUAUAGGAAGCUAAAACGAUGUCACUGGAAUCCUAUGCAGGUCACUGUGCAGUGCACGAGGGGAUGUUUCAGAAAGGCCGUCUGUGGUUGCCAUGGAGAGGGAGGGUGUGGGGAUGGGUUGGCGACGGUGGUGGUUCGGUAUUGGGAGUGGUGUUGAUAUCCUUUCUACAUUAGUAUAUAAAAGAAAAUAUUUAAAAAAACAAAAUGGCAUUUGUAAACUCAGUGUUAUGAUGAUGAUGACAGUAUUCUGCAUUCAGCGAUGUGGUCUUUUUUCUGUUAACUGUUGAAUUUUCAGUGUUUUUUCUUUCCCUUUCACUGCUAAAUUUAUGAACGUCUAAAAGAAUAGGGUUAAAAAAAAAGACUAGUAUGGCUAUUUUGUUGUUUGUUUUUGUUGAGUAGAAGCGAAGCAUUUGUUUUGUCAACGACGCACUGUAAACGGAAGAAAGUAACUUUGUUUUUGGCAUCUUGUGCUUUUGUUGCCCAUCUGCAUCUGAUUUUUUGUGCACACUUUUGCCUUUUUAUGUUCUACGUUGCCUUAGAUGUCUUUACCGUCAAAGUGCUAAAAGUAUUUAUUUAUGUAACGAGCAUUCUUUGUUUGAUUUCAUUCCUUCAUUUUGUAUUUCUCGAUUGACAAGUGUUUAAUGUUGCUCAGUGUAAUGAAUGGAUAGAAUUUAAAAAAUGAAAAAAAGAGAAAAAAAACCUCUCAAAGCAGUACCUUGCCAAAGAGCUAAAGACCUCUUUGAUGUGGAUUCAAGAGCUUCUAUUUUUUUAAACAAAUAACAUUUGGAAAAAACUUUUUACAGGACAGGACAUAUUUUGACAUGAUAACUUUGAGAAAUAACUUCAUAUGGCUUCUAGCCUAACAGGCUUCUGAUCUUUAAAUCUUUGCCGGAGUUUGCAGAGGUUGAAAAUUUCGGGGUGAUUUAUGAUGUUAAAAAAGAUACAUUUUGAGAUCUUUGUAUUAAUAUCUUUAGAUUCUAGAAUCGAUGGCAGUGUUUCAUUUAUUUAAAAAAACACACACAUACAACACCCACGGGGGGAGAAAAAAAAUCGAUGUAUGCUUGGCUGAAUACUCCUGCUCAUGGGGGAAUUGGUUUGGCAAGCAACUCGUCUUCAAAUCGAAUGUUUUUCUCCCCCUCUGAAACACGAAAAGGUGAAAUACAAAGAUUUUAUUCCAACAAAAAAUGUAAAAGAACAAAAAAAAACGUGCAUGCAAAAUUUCUCUUUCAAAUUCUUUCAAAUGACUUAGGGUGGGUGGGGCAUAAGAAAUCAGAUCUUCCCUCCACGAUCUCGUCAGGCUCAAUCUCUCAUGGUGUUUUUGGUGGUGUGUUUAUCGUCAAAGACGUUUUGUCUUAAAAAAUAACACAAAAAAGUAAAAUCAAGGGAUUACUGACUUUGCUUCCGAAGGCUGAAAUCAACAGUAAGCCGAGAGAAGCAGUGACUUAUAGAACUUAAAAAUUAAAAAUGUUUGAAUGACACUCUGCGUGGGAGGGGUUAGUUACUCCAACCAUCAGAGUUAUGUAUAUAAGUACUUUUUCAUCUUGAGUGAGUUGAUUUUGGUUUAUUGAUUUAUUGUUUUGAUCAAUGAUAAUUCUUCUUUUGACUUGCGAAGUGCUUUUUUAUUUUUAUUUUUUUAUAAGGGUAAGUAAUGGUAUACUUAAAAAAAAGACUUGGUUUGUUUUUUUGUUUUUUACUUUUUUGGUUUUCCGUUUCACCUUUUUUGCUAUUGACUAGCACUAAGUGUAUCAGAUUUGUUGUUUGUUUGGUCUGUAGAUAGUCUUGCUUAUGCUACUAAAAAAUAUAGUUAUUUAAGUUGGUCCGUUUUUUUUCUUUUUAUAUCUAUGUAUACAUCAUAAAUAUAUAUAUAUUUAUGUGGUUAAAAUUGAAUAUAAGCCACAGUUUUGAACUACUUUACUUUUUCGUUUGUUUUCAUGUUAAUGUAAACAUAAUGCAUAUAACCUGUUUUAAAAAAUGAAAGAAAAACGUAAAAAAGGUGUAUAUUGCUUAAUUUAACAACUGGGGCGAGGUUUUGACGAGGCAGGCAGUUUCGCGGCCAUAGAAUGAAUGACUACUGCGUACGUACUUUAAAGACAAAACAAACAAAAAACAAAAGGAUUUGACAUUUUUAAAGAAAAAGGGUUAAAAUCCUCAAUGUUAAACGUCUUGCCUCUCUUUCUCCUCUCAAAAGGCAAAGAAAGGCACGACCAGCCUUAGAUGCACUGACUACUAGGCUUGCAUCCAGCUCUGUAUUUAUACCUGAUUCCGUGUCCAUGCUUCCCCUUAUUACGAGCAGUGUGCUAUGCAUUAUAUAAUUAUCUUUGCGAUUGCAACUUUUUUGUUUACAACUUUUUGUUUCGUUUGUUGACUACUCUUUUUGUUAACUAUUAUUAUUAUUAUCUAUCUCUCCCUUGGAGUUGGUUGGUUAGUUUCUUGGUUAGUUGGAAGUGUAGAGGUUUUUGUUUGUUUGUUUGUUUGUUUGUUUGGCGUAUCAAUGAGCUGUGAAAGAUCUGCUGCUGUGGCAGACUGUCGACUCCUCUUGUCCAUGCCUCUCUACCCACCCACCCACACACACACACG